CCUCAUCCUCUACAUCUAUCACAAUACUCAUUUAAGUUCUCAAAACAACACAUGUCUAACAAGUCUGCUUCCCCAGGCAACGCUAAGAUCAGUAUAGACAAGAUGAAGAAAGAUUGGAAACUAGAAAAGGGAACAGAAGAAAGGAGUUUUGCGUGUCAGUGUCCCAGCCCAGGACACGAUCAAUACCAAAACAUAGACUUCUUCCCGUCAUCUGAUCCUGAGGCGGAAAUGCAGGCUGUUCAGAGAGAAAGGAAAUGUAAAAGAAGAUAUUACCCUGACACGAGGCAUCUGACCUACGAGGGUGCCAGGAUGACUUGCAGAAAACAGGGACUGGAGCUGGUAAAGAUAGAUAGCGAAGCGGAGAACGACCAGGCAGUGAGGGUGAUGAACAUCCGACAGAAGGGCCGGUUUGCGCCAGCUCUGUUCGAUGGUUCUAACUGGUUCUGGAUAGGAGCUAGCGACGUUCUGCUGGAGGGACGGUUUAUUUGGGAGGACAGAACUGCUUGUAACUACACUAACUGGGGCAAAGGACAGCCUGACAACGCUCACCCUCUCAGAGGAGGACAGAACUACGUGUCGGUAUACAGAGGAACAAAGAUGUGGGACGAUGCCCACUCUUUCAAAACGAGAUCCUUCCUCUGCUACGACAGCAGUGUUUCUCUGGAGGAGGAGCUCCAGUACGGUUGUAAUGAGCAAGAAGAGUUUGUGACUCAGAAGCCUCCUAAGAUGUUCGGUUUAGGUAAGACUAGGUUUUUUAAAUUAAAAUUUGCUUAAAUCGCUAAAACUACAUACUAUGUGCUAGGUUUCGAUGCUGAAGAUGAUGAUUCAACUGACAGUGAAGACGACAAAACUGACACUC